ACGUACGGCACAGUUGCUAGCCCGGCCGCCGGAGCUCUCCGUGAUCUGGGCCGCCAGCAACAAUGGGUGCCGCGCUCUUGGCUUCUUGGCCAUGGGACAACCUCGGCUUCUACAAGUACGUCCUGUACGGGCCGCUGGUGGGCAAGGCGGUGGCGUCACGGGCGUGGGAGGCGGCGAGCCCCGACCGCUGGAUCCUCCUCCUGCUCCUCCUCUUCGGCCUCCGCGCGCUCACCUACCAGCUCUGGAGCUCCUUCAGCAACAUGCUCUUCGCCACACGCCGGCGCCGCGUCGUCCGCGACGGCGUCGACUUCGACCAGAUCGACAAGGAGUGGGACUGGGACAACUUCCUGAUCCUGCACGCCCUGAUGGCGGCCGCGGCGCUGUGCGCGUUCCCGUCGCUGCGGCAUCUCCCGGCGUGGGACGGCCGGGGGUUCGCCGUCGCGCUCGUCGCCCACGCGGCGGCCACCGAGCCCCUCUCCUACCUGGCGCACAGGGCGCUCCACGGCAGCAGCGGCCGCCUCUACGCGCGCUACCACUCGCUGCACCACUCCAGCAGGGUGCCGCAGCCGUUCACGGCGGGGCUGGCCACGCCGCUGGAGCACGUGGCGCUGGGCGCGCUCAUGUCGCUGCCCCUCGCGGCCGCGCGCGCCGCCGGGUGCGCCUCCGUCGCGCUCGCCUUCGCCUACGUGCUCGCCUUCGACUCCCUCCGCGCCAUGGGCCACUGCAACGUCGAGGUCGUCCCGGCCUCGCUCUUCCGGGCCAUCCCGGCCCUCAGAUACGUUCUCUACACCCCGACGUACCACGCGAUUCACCACACCAAGAAGGAGGCCAACUUCUGUCUCUUCAUGCCGCUGUUCGAUCUGCUGGGUGGCACAAUCGACCGACGCUCGUGGGACAUGCAGAGGAAGAUGAGCGCAGGUGUGGACGAGGUGCCGGACUUCGUGUUCCUGGCGCACGUGGUGGACGUGAUGCAGUCGCUGCACGUGCCCUUCGUCAUGCGGACCUUCGCCUCCACGCCCUUCUCCGUGCAGCUCUUCCUGCUGCCCAUGUGGCCCUUCGCCUUCCUCGUCAUGCUCGCCAUGUGGGUCUGGUCCAAGACCUUCGUCAUCUCCUGCUACAACCUCCGCGGACGGCUGCACCAGAUCUGGGCCGUCCCCAGAUACGGCUUCCAGUACUUCUUGCCGUUUGCCAAGGACGGCAUCAACAGACAGAUCGAACUGGCCAUCCUCAGGGCCGACAAGAUGGGCGUCAAGGUCCUCAGCCUUGCAGCCCUGAACAAGAACGAGGCGCUCAACGGCGGCGGCACGUUGUUCGUGAACAAGCACCCUGACCUGCGCGUGCGCGUCGUCCACGGCAACACGCUGACGGCGGCGGUGAUCCUGAACGAGAUCCCCAAGGGCACGGCGGAGGUGUUCCUGACGGGCGCCACGUCCAAGCUCGGCAGGGCCAUCGCGCUGUACCUGUGCAAGAAGAGGGUCCGCGUCAUGAUGAUGACGCUGUCGACGGAGCGGUUCCAGAAGAUCCAGAAGGAGGCGCCGGCGGAGUUCCAGCAGUACCUGGUGCAGGUGACCAAGUACCGGUCCGCGCAGCACUGCAGGACGUGGAUCGUCGGCAAGUGGCUGUCGCCGCGGGAGCAGCGGUGGGCGCCGCCGGGCACGCACUUCCACCAGUUCGUCGUGCCGCCCAUCAUCGGCUUCCGCCGGGACUGCACCUACGGCAAGCUCGCCGCCAUGCGGCUGCCCAAGGACGUGCGGGGCCUCGGCGCCUGCGAGUACUCGCUGGAGCGCGGGGUGGUGCACGCGUGCCACGCCGGCGGGGUCGUCCACUUCCUCGAGGGCUACACGCACCACGAGGUGGGCGCCAUCGACGUCGACCGCAUCGACGUCGUCUGGGAGGCCGCGCUCAAGCACGGCCUCCGCCCCGCGUGAUCCGAUUGCUGGCCCCCCGCCGGCUCGAACGCCUCUGUUGUACCAACCAGGCCGAAACGAACGGGCCUGGCUUUGUUACUUUCCCUUUGUUUUCCAAGUUCGUCGAGUGUGAAUUGGUGGUUCC